CAUUGAUUUAAAACAUAAAUUGUUUGCAAAAACAUUGAAUGGAUUGUAAAGUAAUGUAUUGUUUAUUAUGGAAAUGAUGUGAAGAGAUAUGAAGUGAACAAUGGAUUCAGUGGUGAAGAAGUUUGGAUUGUUGUCAAUGAAGUGGACGUCGAGAGCGCUUCCGCUGACCAACAAGUCGUUUGUAGUGAUUGUACUGAUCCUUGUGUUCAUGUCUUUCCUAUUGAUGGCAUAUCUGUGUCCGGAAGGCAUAUGUCCUCAGAGUUUGCGGUCAAUACCCGACCAUCACUUCGACGGCCGCUCUCUCGACACUGCCUUCAAAGACAAUUUGGGAAAACCAUUGUCUCAAUCAUCGCAUCCUCUCUAUCACUAUAAGCUCUCUUUCGAUGAUAUGAUUAAUGUAAAUGAGUUUGUCUUUGAUAUCAAAGGCAAUGAUGUCAUUGUCUUCCUUCACAUCCAGAAGACAGGCGGAACUACUUUCGGUCGACAUUUGGUCCGGGAUUUGGAUUUAGAAAAGCCGUGUCUUUGCAAAAAGGGUCGGAAGAAGUGUAAAUGCAUUCGUCCCGACUCUGAGGCCAAACUGUGGCUCUUUUCCCGAUACUCGACCGGUUGGAAGUGUGGUCUUCACGCGGACUUCACUGAACUGAUGGGUUGUGUGGACAACGCUUUGGAUGAAAGCGAAAGACAGCGAACAAAACGGCGAUAUUUUUAUAUAACUUUAUUACGGGAACCGAUCUCUCGAUUCCUGUCUGAGUACAGACACGUGCAAAGGGGCGCCACUUGGAAGACAUCGCGCCAUAUGUGCGGCGGACGAGUGCCCACUAAAGACGAGUUGCCCUCUUGUUAUGCGGGAACCGAUUGGCGAGACGUGACUAUCGAAGAGUUCAUUAGUUGCGAACACAAUCUGGCCAUCAAUAGACAGACCCGAAUGCUGGCCGACCUGACUCUUGUCGACUGCUAUAACAAGUCAUUCAUGAGCGCUAAGGAAAGGGAUGUAAUACUACUCGCGAGUGCCAAAGAGAACUUGAGACGAAUGGCAUUCUUCGGUCUCUGCGAACACCAAAAAAUAUCGCAAUAUUUAUUUGAAAUGAGUUUUCAUUUGAAUUUUUUGCAGCCAUUCGUUCAGUUAAACGAAACGCACAGUACGUUAACCUAUAGUCACCUAAAACCAGAUUUAGUGAACAAAAUUAAACGUCUGAAUCAUUUGGACAUUGAAUUGUAUGAAUUUGCCAAACAAUUACUCAUGCUAUCCAAAUUCUUUUACUUUUUAAGACUGGUUUUGAAACCGAAAUUAAUGUUAUUAAAUCCUCAAUCAGUAGUUUAGUUAUCUUUACUACAGAGGCUGUUCUUAUCGCGAUUUUAGCUACUGUUUCUGUCUGAUUAUCAUUACUAUUGAUAUGCAUUUCGAAAACGAGUUGUGAAACAAAACAAUACAUUUGACAAAUAAGUGCCAUAAAUAUUCAUAAAUUUAUUUAAUUAUACGAAUCGUUAGUCUAUUAUUAGAUUACAUUUUGUGAUACCAAUUAUAAAUUAGACCGAAAUAUAUAU